AUGUCAAUCUCACCAUUUUUUCGAUCUCCUUUUACGGAUAUAACUGGUGGUAUGAUAUCCCAUCAAAUGUUGGGACGAUGUCAAAAGGAAGAAGCUCGCUAUAUGGACUGCUUGGAAGCUUACGGCUUGGACAGAGGCCGAGUCAAAUGUGCACAUUUAUUUGAUGAUUUUCACGAAUGCCAGACUAAGACCAAACAAUUUAAAAGAUUUAUGGCCAUGCGCAAGGAAAGGGACAGACAAAUUGCUGAAGGAAAACUAAAAGGAGAUGAAAAAUAUGUUAGCCCAAGAGUAGACAGUUAUUAA